AUUCCCUUCCCUGCGGCUAGCAACUUCCGCUUCUGUGUCAGACCCAAAGCUACACUGCGAGUUCUUUCUCGGGACUUGUCAAAGCGUUUACACUGUCUACGCGAUCCUGCAGACAUUUGCUGGUGUGCUUCUUCUUCCUCCAUAAGCAUCCAUCCUAAGCAUUUUGUGGAAACCAAGCACAAAUACUGUGCUGUUGCUGUUGUGACGAUCCAGUGGGAACCUUGGCCGACCAUUUUCUAUCCAGAAGAACUCUCCGAGGUUGUCAUCAGAGGGACCAUGUGUUAGAGGUUGACCAGUCAACAGUCAGAUUUGUCAGCGUUGACGACAGAAGAUGAGCAAUGAGGAGGAGUUCUUCGACGCCGUUACAGGCCUGGAUUCGGACGAGUCAUAUGAAGGGGUGUCAGAGUCCAGUUACAAAGAUGCACUGGUGUUUGAUAGCAGCAAGAACAAUGGAUCAAAGCCACAAGAGAACGGUGUCAAGAGACACAGGACGUCAUUACCUGCGCCCAUGUUUUCCAGAAGCACUAUUAGUGUCUGGAGUAUCCUUAAAAAAUGCAUCGGAAUGGAACUCUCCAAGAUCACAAUGCCCGUUGUCUUCAACGAGCCCCUCAGCUUCCUGCAGAGAAUCACCGAAUACAUGGAACACACUUACCUCAUCAACAGAGCUUGCUCGCUGUCUGACUCCAUAGAGCGCAUGCAGGCUGUUGCUGCGUUUGCCGUGUCAGCGGUUGCAUCUCAGUGGGAGCGAACUGGAAAACCUUUCAACCCUCUUCUUGGGGAGACUUAUGAACUUACCAGAGAGGAGCAGGGCUUCCGGCUGCUAGCAGAGCAGGUAUCCCAUCAUCCACCAGUGAGUGCCUUCCAUGCUGAGAGCCUGGCAGGCGACUUUGUAUUCCAUGGCUCCAUAUACCCCAAGCUCAAAUUCUGGGGGAAGAGUGUUGAGGCCGAACCCAAAGGGACCAUCACUCUCGAGCUACUUAAGCACAAUGAGGCAUAUACGUGGAGUAACCCUAACUGCUGCGUGCACAACAUCAUUCUAGGCAAACUAUGGAUAGAGCAGUAUGGCUCAGUAGAAAUAGUCAACCACAGCACUGGAGACAAGUGUGUGUUGAAUUUCAAGCCUUGUGGGAUGUUUGGCAAAGAGCUGCACAAAGUGGAGGGAUACAUCCAGGACAAGAGUAAAAAGAAGCUUUGUGUCAUCUAUGGGAAGUGGACGGAGUGCAUGUGGAGUAUUGAUCCUCAGUCCUACGAGGCUCACAAAAAGGCAGAGAAGAAAGGAGACAACAGGAAGCAAAAACGUGAGGAGCCAGUAGGAUCGGAAAACGAUGAUGCUGAUGACAUGCCAGAGGUCCAAGAGACUGUGUUGGUCAUACCAGGGAGCACUUUGCUCUGGAGGAUAGAUCCUAGACCGGCUCACUCAGCUCAGAUGUACAACUUCACCAACUUUGCAUUGUCCCUCAACGAGCUGGAGCCAGGCAUGGAGGCCAUUUUAGCCCCAUCAGACUGUCGCUUCAGACCUGACAUUCGAGCCAUGGAGAAUGGCAAAAUGGAAGAAGCAAGCCAGGAGAAGGAGAGACUAGAAGAGAAACAACGAGCAGCCAGAAAACAGAGAGCCAAGAAUGAGGAAGAGUGGUCUACAAGGUGGUUCCAAUUGGGUACCAACCCGAACACUGGCGCCCAGGACUGGAACUACUCGGGUAGUUACUUCAGUAGAAACUACCAAGACCUGCCUGAUAUCUACUGAUGAGACUAGUAGCCUUCACCCUGUUCCCUUUCCACCUCUUCCACACGCCUUGUCAUAAGCAGGAGGGACGCGUUUAAAAAUGUAACCCUUCACCAUUGCACACAUCCAGCGCAGAUAGGAAAGACGUACACAGAGGCCUCUCUUGAACAGUUGACUCAUCUUGACUUGCUCGCUUCUUCCCCAUAAAGGAUUGUACAUCAACUUGAAUUGCGAUACCUGUAACUGUUUGCCAGCGCUAAUUGUUUCUUCCAUAUGUCACUAUUAAAUGGCCCAUGAUGGAAUAUGUGUCAUAUCAAUGCAAAAUUGUGUGUACAUGGGCUUGAACAAUAGAAUGAGGAGUAUCAAGUGUUGGUACGAUAUGGUUACCUUGCUGUCAAGAAAACACACACGUUUAAGAUGUUGAAAAUUCGUCAAAAAAAAAAAUUGAGAUUAUUUUGGUGUAGACACUUAAAGAUAAGAGAAAAACCUCAAUUGGUAAUGUGACACCUUGUUAAUAUCUUCUACAUUUUGCAACAGACCAUCAGCACAUUGAAUCCUUAUUUUACAUUCCAAGUGAAAAUGUUGUAAAAAUGUAAAAAUAAUACAAUGAUGAUAAUAUAAAAUAAAAAAAGCUCAGCUCUUGUGCUGACUGUGGUCGUAAUAGUAAAGACAUUUCAAACAGCUAAAGCAAGAACAUCUCUGGACAAUGGUUUUUGUGACUAUUGCAUACUGUAAAACGCAAACAUAAAUUUUGUUGAAUGGUGGCCAAACUCCAUGUCAUUUCCCCCCCCCCCCCUCUUCCAUAGCCUGCCUGUAUUUAUUUUAGAGCACUUAACCACAUGCACUCGUUAGACUUAUUUGUACAUGUAGUUUCUGUGUCUGUUACAUCUGCCUUUUUUUUGUGGGGCAAAGCCCAAUUCUGCUAUGUGAUGUGUAAUCAAAACACUAAAGUUGGCUCCAGUGUUGAUAUGCACAAAAUUUGUAUUUAACACAAAAUGGUACAAGGCCUCUUUCAUUAACGCACAUAGCAACAUUUGGACCGUCAAGUAAUUUUUUUUGGUUUUGUUUGCUUUUGCUAUUUCUCCCAACAUUUCCUCUUUUGAAUUUUAUCCCCCCCUUCUCUUGGACUAUCUAUGUGAUUGUUGUAGUUUGUGUACUCGUGUUACACAGAGGUAAUCACAUGCAAAAUGAAUGACACAUUAUUUUGUGCAAUUGAUUUAUUUUUAUAGUAUUUAAAGCAUUUUCUUUGGUGUGGACAUACCACCAGAUGUUUUAUUUUUUGGUGGGGGACCACAUAGGCAUACUGUGGACAGCUUGAUAGAGUCAUGGACAAGAGAAUGUCUACUAAUAAAAUCCUUAAUUUCAA